UUCUCCGUUGUCCGUAGUACCCUUCGACUGAACACGCGAGGAGCAUGGCGCAUGCCGCAUGGUAUAUGUUUGUAGUCAGUUACUAUUAUUAUUAUUAAGUAAAGAACAAAAUUCACAAUUCUGAAUUUCAUAACAAAAAAAUGUUCCCUCAGAACCUUCUUCUUCUUCUUCUAAACCUCCUCGCUAGAAAGAAUGAUUCUUUCGUUACCGACGGCGACGAUGUUCCGUUCGGUACGUUAUGGUGGUUUGUUUACGCCGGAGUUUCUUUCUCGCUUGUUCUCUUUGCUGGUAUCAUGUCUGGUCUUACGCUUGGUUUAAUGUCUAAACGUCCUGUUGACCUUGAAAUUCUUCAGAGAAGUGGUUCUUCCACCGAGAGAAAACAAGCUGCUGCUAUUUUUCCUGUUCUUCAAAAACAACACCAGCUACUUGUUACUUUGCUUCUUUGCAAUGCCUGUGCCAUGGAGGCACUUCCACUUUACCUGGAUAAAAUCUUCCACCCUGUUGUAGCAGUGUUGUUAUCAGUAACUUUUGUUCUGGCUUUCGGAGAGGUCAUUCCGCAAGCUAUAUGUACAAAACAUGGACUCUAUGUUGGAGCUAGUUUUAUUGGGCUUGUACGCUUCCUGAUGUUCAUUUGUUAUCCAAUUGCUUACCCUAUUGGAGUGGGUUUGGAUUAUUUGCUUGGACACGAUGAUGUAAUGUUUAGGCGAGCACAAUUGAAAGCCUUUGUUUCAAUCCAUAGCAAAGAGGCUGGUAAAGGAGGUGAACUCACACAUGAUGAGACAACGAUUAUCAGCGGAGCACUAGAUCUCUUUAAGAAGACUGCAGAGCAGGCUAUGACAUCAAUCGAUUCAACUUUUUCCUUGGAUGUUGCUUCCAAAUUGGACUGGGAAGCAAUUGGGAGAAUUCUUGAACGAGGUCAUAGUCGUAUCCCUGUAUACAGUGGAAAUCCAAAAAAUAUAAUUGGCCUCUUGCUAGUAAAAAAUCUUCUUACUGUAAGACCUGAGACAGGGAGUCUAGUUAGUUCCUUCAACAUCCGGAAAAUUCCUAGGUUUCCAGCAGAUAUGCCUUUAUACAAUAUCCUUAACGAGUUUCAAAAAGGAAACAGUCAUAUGGCAGUUGUAGUUAAGGUUAUAAGAGAGAAAAACAACCUUCAGGAAGCUGGCGACUUCAACAACUCGAAGGAUGAAGUAGGCAUCAAACACCGUUCUCAACUGACUGUGCCAUUGCUAGCCGGGACUUAUGAGAAACCAGACAAUGUUAUCAAUAUUGACAAACUUUCUAGGCAUCAUAACCCUAGAGGAUAUAAUGAUCCCAAUAAUGCCGACGAACAAUGCGAAGAAAGUGACACGUCACCAAAUAGUGUCCAUGACUUUCCUUAUGAUAAAGAUGGGGAAGUUAUUGGCAUCAUAACCCUAGAGGAUGUUUUUGAAGAACUCCUGCAGGAAGAAAUCUGGGAUGAAACAGAUAUAGAUGUACAUAGGAGAAUACGUGUUGCUGCUGUCGCAGCUGCUUCAUCUGUGGCACGAGUUCCAUUAGGCCAAAAGGUGAUGGGUCACAAGCCUGUAGUGAAAGUUUGACCAAGUUUGUGGAUGAUGGUUCACAUUGAUAAUGAUGGAGCUUCCUGGACAAUAAAAGACGAAAUUUUAACAUACACUCUUCUACUAUAUGUUAUAGCUAUUGAUGCAUUUUGAUGUUAGGAUGAUACAAUACAUCAUGGAGAUAUUGGUCACACUUCUUACUUUUUUUUUUUGGCAAAGAAUCACACUUUUCUUAGUCUUUUUGUAAAAUGCUGGUCUAGGAUUUCUAAUAGUUAUCUUUGACACUUGGUUUCCUAAGCAAUUUUGUUUGAAUCAA